ACAUAUAUGUAGGUAGUGAACGGUAUCUUACUUGAUAGCCACUAUAUCGUAGGUACCUGGGUACCUAAUCUAUACUGAUAGCACGAACAACUUCUCGUUUGAUCCAUGCCACAUGGAUUUCGAGCACACAAUCUUGCUAGAGCAUUCAGUCAAGCGUUCGUUGGCCUGGGCAUAUUACUAUCUGAUUGGUGUGGUAUUAUUGUUUUGUUCUCUGAUGUAGUCAUGAGUAACCAUGGUGCUCACCACCCAGCUCACCGCCCGGCUAGCUCAUUAUUUUCUGCCACCCUAAACUCUGACGUGUAAUGGAAGAAAUUCCGAAAUUUUGUGUGUCGAUUUUACCCCGCCAGAGUACAUACAUACACCAACACAUAUCUCCUCAUACGGCCUUCGUCU